AUGCCAUCGACGAAAGACAUCGGCGAUGGAGAAGUCGCCGCGCCGCCGCGGCAACAAGACCUACCCCCCAAACUCACCCCGUUGAACGUUGGAAAAGACAUCAUCACGGGAAUCCAAGCCCUCCUAAUCAGCCCGCAAGCCCUCCGGAUCAUAUGCCCACUCGUCAUAUGUCUAGCUUCGCUCGUGUGCAAAGUCGUAAUAUACCAGAUCCCCUACACCGAAAUCGACUACACCACCUACAUGCAGCAAGUCGAUCUAGUGGAGAAACAGGGCGAGAGGAACUAUGCUGAGAUAUACGGCGAUUCGGGCCCGCUUGUCUAUCCCGCGGGGUUCAUCGCGGUGUAUAGCUGGAUCGAGUGGCUUGUGGGCGACCUGAUCCGAUCGGCCCAGCAGAUUUUCGGGUACCUCUAUACGGCGAGUGUCGCGUUGAGCUGUGUUGUCUAUGGACAGGUGUGGGAUAUGGUGCCGUGGCCUAUUUUGUUGUUGGUGGGGAGCAAGCGGCUCGUUAGUGUUUAUGUGUUGCGGUUGUUCAAUGAUUGCUGGACUACGGUAGCGAUGGUGGCGGUGGUGGUGUUGUUGCAGCAGGCUGCAGUUUACAAAGAGACUAGGAAGGUGGGAAACCGGGGUGGUGAGGUUGUUGUUUCGAGUCGAUGGCUUGAUUUGAGCUUUUUGUUGAGCUUGGUUGCUGCCGACUUGUACAGUCUCGCCAUCUCGAUCAAGAUGAAUGCAUUGCUUUAUUUGCCCGGGUUUGUCAUUGUGGUGUAUUUUCUAAACGAUGAAAACUUGGUCAAGUUCUUGAUUGUUGUUGCUGUAAUACCGGUGAUUCAAGUCGUUGUGGGUUGGAAGUUUCUUGUGCCUUUGUAUCACGAUGAGACUGCGCGAGAGAUUAGAUGGAACUACUUGACGCGUGCCUUUGACUUCAACAGGAAGUUUCUAUAUGAAUGGACGGUGAAUUGGAGAUUUGUACCCGAGGACAUCUUUAGCAGUGACGUGUUCGCGAGGGUGUUACUUGCUGGGCACGUUGUCGUGCUUUUAAUGUUUACCUUCACGAGGUUCCUCAACAAGCGAAUCACGGGCAAGCUGGUGUCUCAAGUUGUGCUUGACGCGUUCAAGCCGUACGCGACCAUGUCGCCGCACAAUAUUUUCAACAACCGCCAAACUGCUCCUCAGAUCAUCUUCUACAUCAUGGCAAUUACAAACUUGAUCGGGGUGCUAUUUGCUAGAUCGUUGCACUACCAGUUCUUGAGCUGGUACGCGUGGUUGCUACCGGCGUUGUUGUAUUUGAACUUCCCCAUUUACAUCGGCGUGCCGUUGUGGUUUGCUCACGAGUGGUGCUGGAACGCGUUUCCCUCGACGCAGCUCAGCUCGGCCUUGUUGGUCGCUUUGUUGUGGGCCGUUGUUGCUCUGAGCUGGUUGAAUUUCGACGCGUGGUUCCCGCUGCAACUGACUUUGGAUGAGUACGACCAAUGGGAAAAGAGCACCAAGCAGAAGAAAGACGAGUAG